CGAGGGGCUCAGUGGUGGAGGCCACUCUGAGUGGCCGGCUCUGGCAGGCAUGGAUCGGGGCAUGCAGGAGGGCCGGAGCUUUCCCUGGAAGAAGGCCGUGGGGGUAGUGUUUUGCUGCACCUGCCUACGGAAACGUGGCCCCCUGGGAAAAUCACCCACGUGUCCUGAACGGAAGAGGAGCCGCAGCACAGCCUCCCACUGCAAGGAGAACACAGAGUUGGGGACCUCUGGGCGCAGACUUCGGGAGUGGAUCCGUGGGAGACCUCACUGCCUCACCGCCCAGAACCAGGGCAAAGAUAAUGACAUGGACCUGGGCGCUCUACAGAACAAUGUGAACACUACCCUGGACAACCUCUACCAGGGCAGCCUGGAGCAGGAGAGAGCCAGGAGCCUGCCCAAUGGCAAUGCCUUCCCUCUCAAUGAGCGGGGCGACAAGGCUGAUGUGCUGGCUGGCAGUGACAUGAAGCGUUCACAGCCACUGCUCAUCCACAUGAACAGGAAGUUAAAGGAGGAGGAGCCGCGAGCCUCAUCACUUCCAUCCAUCCCCAACCCCUUCCCCGAGCUCUGCAGUCCCUCCAACUCGCCCAUCCUCAGCAGCCCCACAGCGGGGCAAGGCCCACAGCGUGAAGGCGGCUCCCAUGUGGUGAAGGUCUUCAGUGAAGAUGGCACUUGCCGUUCUGUGGAGGUCACGGCGGGUGCCACAGCACGCCAUGUCUGUGAGAUGCUGGUGCAGAAGACCCAUGCCCUCCAUGAUGACAGCUGGUCCCUGGUGGAGUUGCAUCAGCACCUGGCACUGGAGCGGUGCCUGGAAGACCAUGAGUCUGUGGUGGAGGUGCAGUCCACUUGGCCUGUAGGGGGGGACUGCAAGUUUUUUUUCCGGAAGAACUUUGCCAAGUAUGAGCUGUUCAAAAGCUCCCCACAGUCCCUGUUCCCUGAGGUGAUGGUCUCCAGCUGCCUGGAUGCCAACAAGGGCAUGUCCCACUCAGAGCUCAUCCAGAACUUCCUCAACUCUGGCAGCUGCCCAGAGAUCCAGGGCUUCCUGCACCUGAAGGAGGCUGGGCGCAAGGUCUGGAAGCGGUUCUACUUUUCUCUGCGGCGCUCAGGACUUUACUACUCCACAAAGGGCACAUCCAAGGACCCCCGGCACCUACAGUAUUUCGCUGACCUCAAUGAGUCCAACAUCUACUACAUUACCCAAGGCAAGAAGUACUAUGGCACACCCACUGAAUACAGCUUCUGCAUCAAGCCGUACAAGGUGCGCAGUGGCACAAAGGGCCUGAAGCUGUUCUGCAGUGAGGAGGAGCAGAGCCGCACCUGCUGGAUGGCUGCCUUCCGUCUCUUCAAGUAUGGUGUGCAGCUCUACAGGAACUACCAGCAAUCCCAGUCUAGGCACAGCCAGCUGGCGUGGAUCGGCACCACACCCCUGAGGAGCGUGUCCGAUAACACCCUGGUGGCCAUGGACUUCUCAGGGUGCACAGGCCGGGUGAUUGAAAACCCCAACGAGGCCCUGACUGCAGCCCUGGAGGAGGCCCAGGCAUGGAGGAAGAAGACAAGUCACCGCUACAGCCUCCCAACACCCUGCCAGAGCUCCCCACUCAGCACAGCCAUCCAUCGAACCCAGCCAUGGUUUCACGGGCGGAUUUCAAGAGAGGACUCACAGCGAUUGAUCAUCCAGCAGGGACUAGUGGACGGGGUGUUCUUGGUUCGAGACAGUCAGCGGAACCCCAAGGGGUUCGUCCUGUCGUUGUGUCAUCUGCAGAAAGUCAAGCACUAUCUCAUCCUGCCAAGCGAGGAAGAGGGGAGACUUUACUUCACCAUGGAUGAUGGGCAGACGCGCUUCACCGACCUCAUCCAGCUGGUGGAGUUCCACCAAAUCAACCGGGGCAUCCUGCCCUGCAAGCUCAGACACUACUGCACCUGUGUAGCCUUGUGACAGGCCCAGUGGGCAGCGAGCCUCCUGGCUGGGCCUCCAUGAGCCACAGCCAACAGGCAGUGAGCAGGAUCUCUGGACUUGAGCUCCAGGAUCAACUCCAAUUGUGUGACCAUGCUCUGCUCUGCCUGGGCCAAGCCCAUGGCACCAGGCAGGGGGAGGACUGGGCUUGGGCCCUGUAACCCACAGGGUGUAGCCAGUACCAGGAGAAAGUCCCAGUAAGGUAAGCGCCAGGACGGCACCUCUGGGAUGGACAAGCUCUGAGGAGCCUGAACAUGAGGCGGGGAAUCACAGUUCAGGAAGAGGUGCCUUGUCCAGGGCUUCCAGGAGACUGAGGCCUCAGCUCAGGGUGGUAGUGGGGGCUUAUGCUCCUCUCUCUGCCCCAUAAUCUUCUGCUAUGGUAUCCUUCCACCUGUACCCCACUGCCCCUUUAAUUCUGUUCCACCCUAUAUCUCUCUACUCUCAUAUCUCUCUGUCUCUUCAGUCCUCCCCCCAACUUCUGUCACCCUGGUAUCCCUGCCCCCUGCAUCCUUCUGCACCUGUAAUGUUCUACCCUGGCCCACCUCUGCCCCUUGGUUCCUCCACCCUUGUAAGCCUCCCCUACCUCCCACUCUGUAUCCCUCCCUCUCCAUCACCCUGCAUCUCCCCACUCCAUAUCCUUCCACCUUGUCUUCCUCCCUCCACCACCAAAGCCCUCUGGCCAGUAUCCUUCCACUCCUGUAACCCUCCUCACUAGUAUCUCUCUGUUCCUGUCUUUCCCUUCAAUUCUUGGCCUUUUGGCUAAGAUGAAGUGACAACUUAAUUAUACACAUGCAUGCUACUUUUAUCAUGCAUCUUUCCCCUCCCUGUAUCACUCCAUAUCUCUAUCCUACCUUUCUUUCCCCUGUAUCUUUUCCAGCCUAAUCUUCCCCACCCCAUGUUCCUCCCCGCAAGCCACUGUAUAGCUUUGGUUCCUAGAGUUUCCCCCUCUCUGCCAGCUUCUCAGUGCUCAUCAUUGUAUUUUUUGCUGUUGAGCCUGAGCAGGGUGUCUCUCCUUUUCCUGCGGGGCACUGAGGGCUGGUCCUGUUCAGUGUCCCUACUGCCUCCCUUCUGACAAGCCCGUGGCUGAAUGCUGGGCUUUGCACCCUUCCUGCUGGGCGGCAGCAGCCCCAGAGAUUGGUUCUUUGGUACUGGGAGGUCUCCCCCACUCAUGCACUUUCUCUCUGGGGCUGGGGCUCUUCUAGCCAAUGCUCCCCAGGGGCCUUCUGGGUUGGCUCUGCAGGUCUCACUUCCUUUUCUCAUAGUGGGGCUAGGGUGACUCAACCUCACCAAUGAGACAUAAACCAACAGCUUUCAUUGGUAUCUGAGUCAAGGUCCUUCCAUGCACUGAGCUCCCCCUCCAGUGGUACCACCAUUUCUCGACCAUGGGGUGCUGUAGCUGGCGGCAUGGACCCUCCGUGGCUGGUGCAGAGCUCACUCCCAUGUUCCUGGGAUGGGCUCCUGCCCCAGAGGCAGUAUUCAGGGCUGGCUGGGAACAGGGGAUAGUAAUGCACCAAGCCAGUACUGCACCAGCACCAGAGGUGCCCAUGGUGUGCCAGCACUGACGGCAGACAACAUUCAGGCUGGUGCUGGCAUGUCUGAUGUUGCUCACAGGCCUCUGGGAGGAAGGCUUGCAGAGGAGUGAGCUGGAAGCUGCUGCCAGCCAAGUAGCUGGGCCUUGCUUAAAGACUGGGGAAAGAAGGUCUGGUCCGCCUGCCUUGGAUGUGGAUGUUGGAAGGAACUUGGGACUGAGUGUCAUGGACAGCCCCAAAGGAGGUGAGGAGCUUUGAUGGGGAAAGCUGGCCUUGCCCUGCCCCUCCCAUCUCCCCAAGGCUUUCCCUUCUUGGGCAUCUCUGCAGCAUCUCUUCAGGCUGCCACACCUUGGGAAUGGGUUUGUGCACAGGCCUGGAAAGUCACUUGUUGCCAUCAUCCUGGGAUUGGGGUGCCAACUGCCCUGCUGGGGUGCUUGCAAGGAGCUGCAUCCAAGCACAAGCAUUUAACUCCACCCAGCAGAGACCCAUACCCUUCCAAAUCCAGCCUUAUCUGGGGUGUCCCUAGCCUCCAAGGCACUAAAGGACCAUGUGGGGCAGAGAGAAGGGAGACAUCUGUGACCCGUUCUUCCCCUAGAAGUGCUGGCUGGCCCACACAGAGAGGCCGAGACACCACACAGCCUCAGCUAACAGAGCUGGGCUUGUAAUUCAAGCAGUAAAUUCCUAUGUGAGGAUCCUGGGUUCAACUUACUCAGGACCGGUGGUACCAGAACCCCUCAGGGGAUGGGUGAGUUGGACCCUGGCUUUGCCAAGAGGGUAUUGUAUAUAUAAGAGAGGCCAGUCAAACUGUGAUGUGUUUUAUACAAGUGAGAAUAAAUGUUAUUUUUUCAUAUCCUUGCUUUUGUUUUGUACAAAAAAAAGAAGGAAAAAUAAAACAACCUUCCCCCAGAUUAGCACUGAUCCUUGUAUGCAGACAGAGCUCUCUAUUUAUAUCUGCUCCCAAAUCAAGUCACAGCAAAUAAAGCUCAUGUAUUUCA